AUGAGAGCCUACCCAUGAGCUCAGACUUCCAGCAUUACAGUUUCAGGAUGCCGAACAUCGGGUUCCAGAACCUUCCUCUCAACAUAUACAUCGUGGUUUUCGGCACAGCCAUCUUCGUCUUCAUCCUCAGUUUGCUCUUCUGUUGCUACUUGAUCAGGCUCAGGCAUCAGGCACACAAAGAGCUUUACGCCUACAAACAGGUCAUACUCAAGGAGAAGGUGAAGGAGCUGAACCUCCAUGAGAUCUGUGCCGUGUGCCUGGAGGAGUUCAAGCCCAAGGACGAGCUGGGCAUCUGUCCCUGCAAACAUGCUUUCCACAGGAAGUGCCUCAUCAAGUGGCUGGAGGUGCGGAAGGUGUGUCCCCUGUGCAACAUGCCGGUGCUGCAGCUGGCGCAGCUGCACGGGAAGCCGGACCCGGGCCCGCCGCAGGGGCCGCUGCCCGGCUCCCAGAACAUCGUAUAGUCCCGCCCGGGCCGCGCCCGGCCCGCGCCCGCCCGCGGCGCUCGGACUCCGCCAAAGCACUUCGGCCGCAGCUGCGCAGCCCCGAAUCCCGCCGGGAUGAAGGCUGGGAUCCUCCGCCAGAGCCAAGAGGGGACUCGGCGUCCUCGGCACGACAUCCUUCUUCCA